AUGCCCAAGAAUAGAAAAGAACAUUCGCCUGACAAUCCGCCUAGCAACCGGCGCUUUGAGUUUUCCUGGACUCAAAGUGUGAAAUUGGCUACCGGCCGAGGGAAUGAAGGCAACCAGGCAUACCCCCGAAAUUAUGCGACUUGAAGGAAAAUCAAAUUACGCAAGAACAUUCGUAUAGGCACUUGGUAUGUGCGUGGGCUCCUCGAUAAAGGUAAAUUACACAUCCUGGGUUAGGAACUUCAAAGGUGCGACUCCAUUAUCACCGGUUAAAGCGAGACUCACUUGAGAAAUAGUGGCCACAGCGACUUGGAUAAACACACCAUCUAUUAUUCAGGAGACGAACUACCAAUUCCUAAAUAUUGGACUAAAUCGCUGCUGGGUUAUAACCCCGUCAGCAAUCGAAUUAUAACAAUGAAGCUCGAUGCAUCACCCACCCCAUUGAGCAUUAUACAGGUACAUGCACCCACCAGCACGGCGGAAGACAAAGAUGUAGAAAACUUCUACAAUGACAUUGAAUCCUCAAUUGCAAGGACUGUUUGAGGAGAGAGACUACUCCAGUUCGCUGCUGACAACGGCCUCACCAUCAUGAAUACCGUAUUCCAGCAACACCGCAGACAGCUGCACACCUAGACGUAUCUUGAUGGUAAACACAAGAAUCAAAUUGACUACAUACUUGUUCGAUCUUGAUGGCGAAGCCUAUGCAAACGUCAGCACUGCAUGUCAGAUGACACCUGGUGCCUCGUAGAAUGCCUGCGUGAGAUGAAAGCCAAAGGUGCAUUAGUCUAGGAUCUAUAUUCAAUGGGUGCUCAGAUUUAAUCUUCUUCGCGCAGAGAUCGUAACAACCAUCUCUGAAACAUCUACUUAGAGUUGGAAAAAAACGCAGAGCACCACGAAACAAAAGAUUUAUUUAUAUAUUCUAUAUAGGAGUAUAUUUAAUAAGAUAUAUUUAAGAAGAUUCGUUGCAUCACUCGUCAAUAAACCUGGGCUGUCGGGUACUCAAAUGGAGCGACUGUAACGGAAAUCAUGGAUAUCGUGGGUGUGGGGAGAGCAUUCUGUAAGAAUCUUUUUACCGACAGCAGUACAUCAUUGGUUAACAGUAGUGCUUCUUUGGAGGGUACCUAUAUUGAUAAAGAACCUAGGGUGCUGAUUAGUAAAUUUAGAGCCGCUAUUCAACACCUGAAGAAAAACAAAGCUGUGGCAAACUUUGACGACAUCCCGAUAGAGAUCUUCAAAGCAACGGGAACCGGAGUUGAAAUGCUGCAUGUAAUCUGCUAUCGUGUUUGGGACACGGAAAAAUGGCCUAAAGACUGUGCGUACUCCGUGUUCGUACCACUACACCAGAAGGGGUCCACAAAAAAAUGUAGCAACUACAGACUCAUAGCUCGGACCUCACACACCAGAAAGGUCCUCCUUCAUGUCAUCAAAACCAGACUGAAAACUUUUCUGAAUCCGAAAAUAGCUCAGGAACAAGCAGUUUUCGUCAAGGGUCGAGGGACCAGGGAGCAGAUUUUAAUACUUAGACAAAUCAUCGAGAAAUCUAGAGAGUUUAACAUCCCACUAUAUAUCUGCUUUGUUGACUUUCGCAAGGCCUUCGACACCGUAAAAUGGCAUAAACUCUGGGACGUUCUACGCGAGAUGGGAGUUCCCAAUCAUUUAGUUCGUCUCAUACAUCGACUCUACGAGGACAGAACUGCGACUGUUCGGAUUGAUGACGUUGACUCGGAAAGUUUCCACACACGCGCUGGUGUUCGGCAGGGAUGCAUUCUCUCUCCACUUAUAUUCAAUAUAUACACAGAGUGCAUCAUGAGAAUUGUUUUAGAGCAAUGGGACAAGGGGGUUUCAGUGGGAGGAAGGAAAACAUCGAACUUAAGAUACGCUGAUGAUACAACCCAAAGGUACGUAUACCUACGUAUCCUUGUCCAAAGCUACGUAUACCUCUGCUCCACGAUCACGAACACUGGUGGGUGCGAAGACGAGAUCCGCAGGAGAUGUGCUAUCACAUGAUCUGCCGUUGACAAACUUAAUAAGGUCUGGUGCGACAGCAACAUCACUAAAGCCACGCCGGUCCGCCUGAUGAGAAGCUUAGUUUUCCCAAUUUUCUUAUAUGGUGCGGAAACGUGGACGGUGCGCCUGAAAGACCGACGCAAAAUUAACGCACUAGAGAUGUGGUGCUGGCGACGACUGCUGCGAAUUCCUUAGACUGCGUUUUGGACCAAUGUUUCGAUAUUGGAAGAACUCAAGGUGAAGGAGAGAUUAUCGUCGACUGUCCAAAUACGAAUCCUCAAGUACUUAGGGUACGUUACACGAAAUCAAAACUCCAUGGAACGACUCGUCGUCCAAGGACGAGUGGAAUGCAAGCGGUCACGAGGUUGGUCACCUACGCAUUGA